AAUUGACAUUUCUAAAAUAAAAGAUCCGUUUGUUUUCUGUUGGAAAAAAAAAACUUAGAAAAGUAAAAGUCUCUAACCCUAUCCCUCGAUUACAAUUCUCCAUCCAAAAAGUUGACGAAUUAUCACAUAAAAAUUUUGGAUUAUCAGCUUCACGUCAUCUUCCCCGAAUUUGAGGAACAAAUACGAAGAAUUAGAGAAAAGGAUUGCUGGCAAACAUAAAUUCUUUUUUACGAGACCGGAAUUUUGGAUCUUCCAAAAUUUUGAAGAGCUAUCUAGUUCUGAUAAUUUGGCUCAAGUGGAAAAAAGUUAGCUUGUCUGGAGAGGAAAAAUCUAUUGAAGCCAAUGAUACUUCUGCAGUCUCAGUCAAAGUAUCUUCUCCAGCUUCUCACGAAUCGUCUUCAAAAUCUUGAUAAAGGAGUCGAGCUGGACUGCCAAUGGAUUGAGUUUGAUGACGUGCGAUUCAAUGUCCAGACUUCUAUGAAGAAUCCACAUAUCUUGCUGUUGUCAUUAUCAUUACCAACACCACCUCCUGGAGCGAUGUUUGCUGGAGGACUGCCAUAUGGGGCCAUCGAAGCUAUAAAGUCUGCAUAUGGAACAGUGGUGCAAAUUCUUGAUCCUCCAAAAGAUGGUUUUAAUCUCACACUGAAGCUGAACUUCUCAAAGCUUUCUCCAGAUGAAGACACUAGACAGGCUCUGUUGACGAAGGUUGCCUCUGUCAGGGAAGUGGUGCUAGGUGCACCUUUAAGGCUUGUCCUAAAACAUCUUGCUUCAAGGUCACUUGCUCCUGAUAUGGAUCAGUUAGUUGCUCUAGUGCACCGGCCUAAUGAAUCAUUUUUUCUCUAUCCCCAGAUUGAUAAAGUGACGGUCAUAUUUCCUAUGAGAUUCAAGGAUUCCACAGAUACAGUUCUUGCAACUUCUUUUCUCCAGGAAUUUGUUGAAGCACGACGAAAUGCUGCUGCUGGACUUAAUAAUGCUCCUUCUUGUCAAUGGUCACCUUCACCCCCUCAAGAACUUGAGGGAGUUCCUGAAGAAGCGUUAUCUGCUAAUGCUGGCUUUGUUUCCUUUGUCAUUUUCCCACGCCAUGUCGACAACAAGAAGAUUGAUAGAACUGUUUGGAAUUUGUCAACAUUUCACGCCUAUGUUAGUUACCAUGUCAAGUGCUCUGAAGGGUUCAUGCAUACUCGAAUGAGGCGCCGUGUAGAAUCUUUGAUUGAGGCUUUGGAUCGUGCCAAAUCAGAUCAGGAGAAGACGAAAAAAGUUGGGAGUAAAACAUCCUUUAAGCGACUGAGCCUAAAGGAUUCUCGGAGCAAUUCAAAUUCAAGGGGUUCACCCAGUUGGAGAUAAAAACUUCUAUAGUUAAAUUUGGAGGUAAUCUUGGAAUUUCUUGAACUCUAUACAAUUGCAUUAGCUAGCUUUCACUCCAGCUUUAUACAAAUUGUACCGGGCAUAUCAUUUCACAUGGUCGCUCAACGAAUUCUGUUUUCAUGGAGAAGAAAGCUGAGGGAAAGUCAAAUGCACCAUUUUUUCUAGUCUUGAAGUUAGGUAGAUUAUUGCCAUUUAACUUGUGAGUAAUCGGUGCUUGUAGUUGACAAUAAUUGAAUUAUCAUGCAAUGCUAGUUGAUGUAGCGUACUUUCAAUAGUCUUGUGUCUGAUGAUAUCAGAAAGUGUUCGUACUUCGUA